GGGAGCGUACAGCACCUCGUCUAUAGUAGCAGUGCUAACAGCCAGCACUCCACCAUGGAAGUGGCUUCAACUUUAAGAGACAAAAUGAAGAAAAUUUAUGAUUUAAAAAAGGAAAAUCUAAACCCAAAGAACUGGGUGAACGCUGAUAAUGUGAAGGGGUUGAAAGAGAAGGUUCUGCACAAUGAUACUGAAUCAGACAUAGACAAAAGCUUUGACAAUAAGGAGAUGUUAUUACAGAUUGAGAGGGACUUCAUUGAAGCUGCUAAAAGAAAUGACGUGCCGACAAUGAAAAUUCUCGAAAAGAACGUUAACAUCAAUGCAAGGAACGUUAAUGGCCGCACGGCACUUCAUUUUGCAGUUGCAAGAAAGCACAAGGAACCUGUGGAGCUCCUGUUAAGAAGGAAAGCUAGAGUGGACAUUGCUGACAAGCAUGGAGUAACAGCUCUUCACCUCGCUGCGUGGUUUGGAUGUCUGGACAUCAUGACACUGCUAGUGCAAGCUGGUGCAGAACAGAAAGCUUUAAACUUAGAUGGGAUGAAUAUCAUGCACUGCGCCGCUCUGAAUGACAACACUGAUAUUGUGAAAUACAUUAUUGAUGACUUGCAGAUGAAGCAGCUGGAUAAACCUGACAAGUCAAACAAGAAGCCCUUUCACCUGGCUGCUGAGCAUGGCUGUCUGGAAAUGGUGGAGAUGAUGAUGGGAGAAGAAUAUAAGCUGUCCACCAAGGAGAAAGACCAGGACAAUAAUACUGCAUUACAUCUUGCGGCUAAAAAUGGGCAUAUAGAAGUUAUAAAGCUGCUCCUUGACAGCUUUAAGGAGGAGCGAAAUAAAGUAAAUGAGGCUGGCAAGACUGCCUUGUAUUUGGCUUCUGAAGGAGGCUAUUACGAAUGCGUGGAAGUCUUGCUGAAAGCCGGAUGUGAUGUCAACAUUGUGACAAAGAAUGGCAACAAUGUGUUACAUGGAGUGUCAGAAAGUGGCCAUGCUUCCUUAGUGAAACUUCUAAUUGAUAACAGAGCUGACAUGAACUGUCUGAAUGAUCAAAAAUUGGCACCGAUUCACUUGGCAGUUGCCAAUUGCCACAUCCCUGCCAUACACACCUUCAUAGAUUCUGGCUGUGAUAUUAAUAUUACUGAUAGGAGGAAUCAAACUGCUCUGCACAUUGCUGCAGAGCUUGGGAAAGCAGACAUUGUGGAAAUGAUACUGAAAGCUGGUGCAGAUCUUUCUAUCCAAGACAAGCAAGGUAAGACUGCAUUGGCUGUGGCAGGAAGAGGAAACUACGUGAAUAUUGUUGACAUGAUCAUCAAAGCAGAAAGAUACUUUAAAUGGAAGAAGGCAAAUGCAGAGUCUAAUGAAACCCUUCAAAAUGAGUCGCUGCUGACAUUUAAACUAGACCACAGGACAGAGAACAAGCAGAUGCGCAGUGUGGCCUGGGACCUGGCCUUCAACCAAUUCAAGCCUCAAGACUGGAAGAGACUGGCACACAACUGGCAGUUUACAGACUCGCAGAUCACAGCAAUCGAGGAACAGUGGACAGGUCCAAAGAGUUACCACGAACACGGAAACAGGAUGCUGCUUAUCUGGUUACAUGGAGCCUUGGCUGCAAAUGAAAACCCUGGGAAAGUUUUAUAUGAAAGUCUGAUAUCAAUAGGAUGUAAAAGCAUGGCUGAGAAAACCAGAAUUGACACAAGUGGUAAUAAUUCAAAGAAAUGCACAGUUUCUUGAUGUGCCUCUGAAGAAGCUUAAAGACCAUGCAGAAGACUGCCUUUUUUUUAAAAGCAGUAUUAAGUUUUAUAAUUGAAAGCAAAAGAAAUAAGCAGAGCUGUAGCUCCUGGAGCUGCCCAGGACCUGCUGUCACACUGAGGCUUUUGAAGAUAUUUCUGCCACCCCACCUUUGAAUGUAAAAAAGGAAGCUAAACUGCAAAUAGGUAAUUCUGUAAAUAUUUAACUGUGCAGCCGCAAAGGGAAAUUCACUUAUUUUAUGCAGUUUUCUAAGUCGCUGUGACUUUUACUACUCGAUACUUUUCUUGGCUCGUCAUGUUAUGCCUGUAAAUUGCACACUUUUUUUUUUUUAAAUCAUCAGAAAAAUAAAUUACGUCAUUAUAAUAAAAUCAUAUAUUAUUGGAUAUAUUGAUUAGGACUAAGGGACACAGCUGGAAAGAAGGUCAGGGGCUAGCUAGGAUCCUUUAAGACUGCUGGGAUAAAUAAGAUACUAAAAAACAAACCUAAUGGUGCCUCUUGUUCAUAACUUAUGUUCUUAUUUUUUAAAUUAUAAUGACUACAGUAGUAAUUAAAUAAACAUUUUCCAUUCUAGCCUCAAUGA